AAGACAACAUUUACGACGCAAUAAAUUCCACGAAUUAUCGUGAUAAAGUUAUACAGUAUUUAUUGACAUAAAUUGUGAGACGUGGUUAUUCACAAUGUCCUGCACCUCGUGUCAAUCAAAAUUCUCGUUUUUCACACGCGAGAAUGGAUGCCCGAAAUGUGGAUUUUCUUACUGCAGUAAGUGCCUCAAGUACAAGUGUCAACUGUCAGACAACACUGUGAAGAAAGUUUGUGGCCCCUGUUACAAUAAAAAAAUGUCACAAUCGGGGAAGAGUUCAUCGGCAGGAUCUGAUGGACUGCCAACUCCGGAGGAAGAUUCUGUACCAUUGGCAACUGUCGACAUCGAACGAAAACUCGAAGCAUUAGAGAAUCCAGUGAAACCCCCCAUUGUCAUAUACAAGCAGGACCACUGGGAACAAUUCAAAACUGGUCUAGAGCCGGAGGAUCAAGCAAUCGUCGAGAGAUUUAAGAGAUUAAAAGAGGCGGAUAAAAAAUUACCACCAGUGACUACAGAAGAGAUUCGAAGACGUUUGGCCCUUCUCAAAGACGAGGAUCCUGAUUAUAAACCUCCAUCAGAUGUCUACAAAGUAGACACGAGAACUGAUCAGGAAAAGUCUGAUGACCUGAUACGUGAAUACAUGGAGAGACUGGAGCUUUCAAAACACGAUGCACAAGUGGAUGAUGAUAUUGAAGGAAGGCUCAAUAAACUGAAGGGAAUUGAUCCCUCGAAAUCCACGAUUCCAGAUGAUGUGGAUGAGGCGACUGUAACGCGGAAUAUUGUGUCCAAGGCACUUGCCGAGGCUGCUCUGGAGAAGAAGUAUGGGGAUGAGGGAAGAGACGAACUUGAGGAGAUGGAGGUCGAGAUGCCUAUUCAAUACGAUUCCGACGAGGAACUCCAAUGUGCAAUAUGUGAUGCAACAAAGAAUUUGGUUCAGUGUCUUGGCUGCACCGGCGAUUUGUACUGCCCAACCUGUUUUGCGGAAUACCACGACGCAAUGGAGAAGCACAAAACGGUGCCAGUGAAGCCACGAAAAUCUAUUCCAGAUUGAAUUCCGUCCUAAAUAUCUUGAGAUAAUUUUGCUACACGAAUAUUUUAUAAUCACGCUGUUAAUGCUUGAAACACCAUUAAAUCAGUUGAAAAGCUUGAUAAUUGUCCAAACCUGUUAAUAUAAGCAUUUAAAAAAUCU